CUCCUCUGUUCAGCCUAUAUAAGGCAGGCGGUCUGGGCUCCGGGUACACGCGCUUCAACUUCGGUUGGUGUGUGUCGAAGAAACCUGACUGCGACCUGAGGAGAACAUCGGAGAGGGUCCACUGGCCGCUGAGCGGACUCGCGUCCGGAGCCACUCCGGGCUGCGGAGUACCCAGUGGAGCCCACGCCUGGCCAGGUGUGGGACCCCUUCCUUCCUGUCUUCGCAGAGGAGUCCUCGCGUGAAAUAAGCGGGUUUUGAAAACAAAGAGAAGAAGGGGUGCAAGAGGGGGCCAGGAUCCAGGCCUCCACCCCCCCAGAAGUGAAGCAACACCUGGGAGGUCUCCUCCCACACCAACCGUCACCCUGGGUCCCGACUGCCCACCGCCUCCCCCUCCCCCUCCCCCCAACAACAACAACAACAACAAGCCCAGCGGCCACAAGAGCCCCUGCGUCCCAAACAUGACGGAACGCAGGAGGGAUGAGCUCUCCGAAGAGAUCAACAACCUGAGAGAGAAGGUCAUCAGGCAGUCCGAGGAAAACAACAACCUGCAGAACCAGGUGCAGAAGCUCACAGAGGAGAAUACCACUCUCCGUGAGCAAGUGGAACCCGUCCCUGAGGAUGAUGAAGACGACAUUGAGCUCCAAGGUGCUGCGGCGGCUGCUGCCCCACCCGCUCCAAUUGAGGAAGAGUGCCCAGAAGACCUGCCAGAGAAGUUUGAUGGCAACCCUGACAUGCUGGCUCCUUUCAUGUCCCAGUGCCAAGUCUUCAUGGAAAAAAGCACCAGAGAUUUCUCAAUUGAUCGUGUCCGUGUUUGCUUCGUGACAAGCAUGAUGACCGGUCGUGCUGCCCGUUGGGCCUCUGCCAAACUGGAGCGAUCCCACUACCUGAUGCACAACUACCCCGCCUUCAUGAUGGAAAUGAAGCAUGUCUUUGAAGACCCUCAGAGACGAGAGGCCGCCAAACGCAAGAUCAGACGUCUGCGCCAGGGCAUGGGCUCCGUCAUCGACUAUUCCAACGCUUUCCAGAUGAUUGCCCAGGACCUGGAUUGGAAUGAACCUGCCCUGAUUGACCAGUACCACGAGGGUCUCAGCGACCACAUUCAGGAAGAGCUCUCCCACCUCGAGGCCCCCAAGUCGCUGUCGGCGUUGAUCGGCCAGUGCAUUCACAUUGAGAGAAGGCUGGCCAGAGCUGCUGCUGCUCGCAAGCCACGCUCCCCACCCCGGGCGCUGGUGAUGCCUCACGUGUCAAGCCACCACCAGGUAGAUCCCACCGAGCCCGUGGGAGGUGCCCGCAUGCGCCUGACCCAGGAAGAAAAGGAAAGACGCCGUAAGCUGAACCUCUGCCUCUACUGUGGAAACGGGGGUCACUACGCCGACAACUGUCCUGCCAAGGCCUCAAAGUCUUCACCGGCGGGAAACUCCCCGGCCCCGCUGUAGAGGGACCUUCAGCGACCGGGCCAGAAUUAAUAAGGUCCCCACCAGAUGAUGCUUCAUCUCCACACCUGCAAGUGAUGCUCCAGAUCCAUCUUCCGGGCAGACACACCCUGUUCGUCCGAGCCAUGAUCGAUUCUGGUGCUUCUGGAAACUUCAUUGAUCACGAAUACGUCGCUCAAAAUGGAAUUCCUAUAAGAGUCAAGGACUGGCCAAUACUCGUGGAAGCAAUUGAUGGUCGCCCCAUCGCGUCGGGCCCAGUUGUCCACGAGACUCACAACCUGAUUGUUGACCUGGGAGAUCACCGCGAGGUGCUGUCCUUUGAUGUGACCCAGUCUCCGUUCUUUCCUGUCGUCCUGGGGGUUCGCUGGCUGAGCACACAUGACCCCAACAUCACUUGGAGCACUCGAUCCAUCGUCUUCGACUCCGAAUACUGCCGAUACCACUGCCGGAUGUACACUCCAAUACCUCCCUCGCUCCCACCACCAGCACCACACCCGUCACUCUACUACCCAGUCGACGGAUACAGAGUUUACCAACCAGUGAGGUAUUACUACGUCCAGAAUGUGUACACUCCAGUUGAUGAGCACGUCUACCCAGAUCACCGUCUGGUUGACCCCAACAUAGAGAUGAUACCUGGAGCGCACAGCAUUCCCAGUGGGCACGUGUACUCCCUGUCUGAACCUGAAAUGGCAGCUCUCCGAGAUUUCGUGGCGAGAAAUGUGAAGGAUGGCCUGAUUACCCCGACCAUUGCACCCAACGGAGCCCAAGUUCUCCAGGUCAAGAGGGGGUGGAAACUGCAAGUUUCUUACGAUUGCCGAGCUCCAAACCAUUUCACCAUCCAGAAUCAGUAUCCUCGCCUAUCGAUUCCUAAUUUGGAAGACCAAGCGCACCUGGCAACCUACACCGAAUAUAUUCCUCAAGUACCUGGAUACCAGUCGUACCCCACCUACACCACGUACCCGACCUACCCAGUAGGAUUUGCGUGGUACCCAGUGGGACGCGAUGGUCAAGGAAGAUCUCUCUACGUACCUGUUAUGAUCACUUGGAAUCCACACUGGUACCGCCAGCCUCCGGUGCCCCAGUACCCGCCGCCGCAGCCGCCGCCUCCGCCGCCGCCGCCACCGCCGCCUCCAUCUUACAGUACCAUGUGAAUUCCUGUCAUGUCCCUUCAAGAUCUCUUCCCUCAAAGAUUAUUCCUGUGUAAGCUUCUCAAUCAGUGACUGUGUGCUAAAUUGAGCUACUGUAUCUUCAAGCCACAUCCUUUCUGAAAGGCUACAGAAGGUCAGGGCCACCCUGAACUGGCACACAUCUUAAAGCACCAGAAGACCUUCAAAAUCAUAUUUACCAAGAAAUUAUCUCAGUUUUUUACCUUGACUGCCAAUUAAAAAGUUUACUUUCCAAAGAGGUCUGAAACCUCUGUCACCAUCUAAAUUAAUGGCUGCCAAAUUUCUUUACAGAGAAGCUGAUGCAAACACAGGAAAUGCUGAUUUCUUAAGGGAGGGGGAGACAAGGAGGAGGAGGACAUGACCCUUCUUGCAGCUUCGGGACUCACAGGAGGACCGAGGCCUUAUAAAGGAAGCCACAGUUUUUGGUGCAGUGAAGAAAGGCUUCCGUGAUCCUCUUGCUGCACCCUUAGAAACUUCACCAUCUUCAAACUCCACUUUCAUGGUUCCGUUAAUUCUCAAGGAGCAGCAAGUCGACUGGUUCUCCCAGAAGCAGGCAAACACCCCUGCGACAUGUAACACCUCAGGCCUGAAAAGGAAGUGCUCUCAGACAGACUCUUGCAUGUUAAGAGUGUGCCUUCAUAUCCUGGUGCAAAUCAUGUGUACCCAAGAACUCUGGCUUUGACACAACAUCUUACCAUCAUCAUGCCAGUAAUGGCUCCAGGUGUGUUAGGUGUCUGUGAAAUGUUGUGACCACCUCUCAAUCAUGUGUGAGGGCUAAAGAUUAGCAAAUCAAAGGACUCCUAAAUCCCGUACCCAACUCUUAAAAGAGGCUCUGAGUUAAUUGUUACCGACUUGUGCUGGGACUUCAGAAAGAAUUCUCAGGAAUGUUGUUAAUUGGCUGGAAAAACACCAGUUGAAGUUUGGGAAGCAUCUGUCUCCAUUUGCAUCUGGGCAUUCCAUCAUCAGUCCCCUCAUUAGACUGUAGCAUUAGGAUGAUUGGAGAGGGGAAAUGAUUUUGCACCCAGACCCACACUCCUGUGCAUGGGAGGGAAGAGGAAUUAGAGCACUGGGCACUGUCUUGAGGAUAUGGACUUCUUUAAUGAGAAGAUGACCUGAGGGUAAUCACCUCGGAAGAAUCAAGCUGCCAAUGGAUGAAAGGCCUCACAAAGCAACUGACAACACAAGAGUUGUCUUCAAUCCAGUGACACCUCUGGUGUCUCCUGGACUCUUUGUGCUAACCUGGGACUGCCUGACUUCUUUAACCUAGUCCCUUGCUACUACCUUGAACCACUUGUCUAACCUCUCUCUUUCUGUUUAAUUCUCUACUACUGCCAUUAACCCUGCUACAGGAUUUAUAUUCCAAAUUGCCUGAAGAGGAGUCUUAAUGGUGAAGUUUCCUUUUCAUCAGCCUCAUCUUUCAUAUAUUCAUUAUUAUCCCCCACCCCUUAUCCUUGCAUGUUUAAAUACUUAAAACUUCUAUCUAUAAUAGUGUUCUUUAACAGUGUUUUAAAGUGUUGGCUAUGCUUUCAAAAGUUUCCAUUGAAUGACAAAGUACUAUUCAAUUCUUAUUGUUAAAUUAAAUACAAAUUUUAAAAAACAUAUCUCUUUACUGUGAACUUCUUACAAUACUGUGAAUGAGAGGCUCCUUAGAACUGGAGUAUUUAUAAUAAAUCUUCAAUUUAUUGGACUUUUUAAAUUGCACAAAAGAAAAACCUAAUUGGCUAUUUAGUCUAAAACAACUUUUCUUAUUUUCUUCAAUGGAAUCAGAAAGCUUGUCAAUCACUUGUGUGUUUUAGAGUAUUUUUAAAAUGGUGCAUUUGUGCUUCUGGACUAUUGUGAAGCGUUACUUCCGUUUACCUCAAAUCUCAAUCCAUCUUCCAUACAUUUGAAUUCAAAUUGUUGUGUGUCAAAUUUACAGUUUUCAAUUGAUCUUCAAGCUGCAGAGUGCCUAGAAAUGGGUCAUUUUCUGCAGCCCUGGCAUGUGCACACGGACAUUUGCCACCAUUGCAAGCAGAAGCCUGGCCAACAGCAAAACGAUCAGGGAGAGCAUGCUGGCGUGGGUUCACAACUCACAAAAUCCCUGACACGUCGGACUGUUUACUAAAGCUUGUGAUUGACUCUUUGGCAGUGUGUACUAUGCUCUACUCCUAUCUAUACUAUCUUUUAGGUGUUAAGGAUAAGUAAUCUUACAUUUAUUGCUCUAUAGUAUUGAAAUUUAGUUAAGUUUCCUUUCUCAUUUUGGUAAGUUUCCUUUCUCAUUUUGGUAAGUUUCCUUUCUUAAUUUGGUAAGUUUCCUUUUUCAAUUUGAUAAGUUUCCUUUUUCAGUUUGAUAAGUUUCCUUUCUCAAUUGAUUUAUUUUGUUUCUGUUGAUCAAAUUUAUGAUAAUUGGAUACUUUAAAACUUUUUUUUGGCAUUUCCAACAAAAAUGCCUUUAUUCAUAAGGAAGAGACAAGAAGUUAGAAAGGGAGCAAAAUAAAAACAGGAAGGAGAUAGAUAAAUAAAACAUCAGAAUUUGCAUUCUUCAUUAAUUAAAUCAAGGAAGAAGACCUAAGAGCUCCCAUUGCUAGUCAAGCCUGAAGAUAAGUAAGUAUGGUCAUCAUGUUAGGAUAUUGAAAUAGAGAAGGUUUACAUACAUUUAUAAAGGGUCAAUUCAGUUUGAGCGGUGACGUAUUUGAUUCAAUCAUGGGAAGACAUACGGUGAACUUGCAGGUGCACAAAAUAAGAUGGACACAUCUAAAUGGUGCAGUCUGGAAUUUUGUUUAAGUUUGUAGGUACCUCUUGGACUCCUGAAUUGAUCCAGUCAUCACCCACCACAGACAUCUCACAUCAGAUCCCGUUCCAAGAUGGCAGCAGAGAACAUCCUGCUGGAAAGACCUGAGCAGCAGUGAAGGACCACCAGAGGAAAAGAAGAACCAUGUGACAUUUUCAUCUAAGAGAUCACGUGUCUGAUGGGACUGAAAGUUCUUUGUUGUUUCAGAUUGUAGAACGCUGUUAAAUUGGUCUGUGGAAUUUUGCAUUGUUUUUAUUUCUUUAUGUAAUCAGUUUAAGUAGUAGGGGAUAUAUAAUCAUAGUAUUUUAGGAUGGGAGGGACUAUUAAGUAAUCUUAAGUGGGUGGGACUAUUUAGGAUAAGUUAGGAUAAGAUUAUGUAUUAGGUAUUGCUAAGUGGACACGUGUACUUACUUAUGACCCUUUACCCCCAUACCUCUUACCCCUAAUGAUUUCAAAUAAAUUCAGAGGGAACUGCAGGGAGAUCAAUCUAUUCAGAAUGAAUUGGACAUGGAUUAAAUGUUAGUAAAAGUUCACAUGUGAUUGGAUUAAUUUCAUAAAGGCCCUGGGUAUUAACUUCAGGGAUCAAUUUGUGGAAAGAUAGGUGCCCCUUGAGAGUUUGUUGCUAAAAUGAAAUUGAUGAUGAUGAUGAGGUUAAUAUUCUUGAAAUUUGAAAGGAAGUGAUGAAUUACCCCUUGCUUUUGCCCCUGUCAGUAGCCCUCCUCCUUACCCCCACCCCUUCACCCUAACCCUGCCCCUCCUCCUUACCCUGCCCCACCUCCCAACCCCUACCCUUCCUUCAAACUAUUAUUGUAUUCUCUUUACUCUAUAUUUCUCUGUAUUGACUAAUAUUGCAUUGAUGUUCUAAUAAAAAUUCAAUAAAAAUUUAGUGGUUAAGUGCAAA